AGUGUAUUGGAUGGUGUGCAAAAAUGAAAGUGGUCAAAUAUAGUGGGAAGGAGGAAGUAUAUAGUAGCUUCAAUUCCCACCAUUGGUAGGGCACAUGCAUAACAUAGAGAUAGAGAGGGAGAGAUAGAAUGGAUGUGAGGAAGUUAAGGGCAGUUGUGGGGGUUGUAAUGGUGGGAUUGGGGAUGGUGAUAGGGCAGUCUAGUGGGUCCCCCACCUCUUUCAAAGACUGCUAUGCAAAAUGCUUUGUCUUCUGCAUGAUUGAGCCUUCCCAAACUCUGUGUUCUUGCACCACCAGCUGCCUCAAAGACUGCAUCUUUAACUCCGCCGCCGCCGCCGCCCACAUCCCUGAUGGUCACGCCGCCACCGCCGCCGCCUCCUCCUACAACUUCUGCAAGCUUGGCUGUGCCCUCUCCACCUGCUCCUCCAUCAGCACUAAGCAUCAACCCAAUAAAGAGGAAAUGAAUGGCUGUGUUGGGUCUUGCUCAGACAAGUGCAACAACAACUACUAAAUGCAAUGCUAAUUGCCAAAGGCUUCUUGAAAAAUUCAUAUUUCACUAUUAUUCUUCCAUCUGUUUCUUUUUUUUGUUAUUUGAUUUUAAGGAGAAAUUAUAUAUUAAUAAUCUAUAUGUUAAGACAAAUCAAACAAGAUCACACAUGACUAUAUUUAGGCUUACACAUUGAGAGAAUUUGAUGAGUCAAAGUGCUUAGAUGAACAGUUCCAAAAGUCAAAACUGGACGAAUACUCUGGGACGGAGGUAGUAUUUUUUAANUACCUCCGUCCCAGAAUAUUUGUCCACUUUCAUUUUUACACACCAUUCAAUACACUUCUUUAAUCCAUUUUAUCUUGUAAUUUGUAUAUUAAAAAAUUAUAGAAAUUAUAUAUUAAUAAUCUAUAUGUUAAGACAAAUCAAACAAGAUCACACAUGACUAUAUUUAGGCUUACACAUUGAG